CGGCGCUCGAUGGCGGCUGCGGCGGGACGUGGCCGGUGCGCGGUGCCCGGGCUGCAGGCGGACUGCGAGGCGCUGCUCGGCGCCUUCCAGGAGGCCGACACCGUCCGCUUCGAGCGCUUCGCCGAGCUGUGGCGGGAGCGCCGCUUCUACGCCAUCUUCUAUGGUAGAAUAAGAGCUUUGGAGAGGAAUAAGUUCACGAAGAAGGCUUUAGAACUGGUGCAGCAGUACUUCUUGCCUCCUUACACUUUCCAGAUUCGCGUUGGUGCUCUGUAUCUUUUGUAUGGACUCUAUUCUACACAGCUUUGCCAGCCAAAGCAAAAGAUCAGAAUUGCACUCAAGGAUUGGCCUGAAGUCCAGAGGUUUCAACAGGACCUGAUAGAGUCCCAGCAUUAUGAUGCAGCUUACAUCUUUAGGAAACUGCGAGUUGACAGAGCAUUCCACUUCACAGCAAUGCCAAAGCUAUUAAACUACAGAACUAAGAAGAAGAUCCAGGAACAUGAAUUUAAAGAAGAGUUUAAGGACCCAAGUAACCGAGUAAACAGCCUCAUCACUAAUGAUGUACUGGAGGAACUGAUGAAUAUUCAUGACCACUAUCAGAAAAUGAAGUGUGUCAUCUCAGCUGACAAAUCCCAGCCCGACAAAGCCCUAAGCUUGAUAAAAGAUGAUUUUGUAGUUAAUCUUAAGGAUAUAACUUUGGAACAUCAGGAAUGGCAGCAGAAGAGAAUGAAAUUAUUCUUAAAUGCUAAAGAGGAUGAUGAAAUACCAAACAGAAAGGAAGAAGGGACCUCUCUAGCAUCAGAAGGUUCUGAAAGAGCAAGUGCGUUGGCUAAAAUCAAGUAUAGAUCCUAUUCUGCAGUUGCUGAGGCCUCCAAAUCCAGAAGACACCGUCAAGUAAAACUAGAAUCUUCUGAUUCGGGAUCAGAUUAUGGGAAAUCUCAAAGCAGAAGUAAAAAAAACACUAAAAGACAACAGGCAACAAGGAAUAGAGAUUCUGCAAAAAUCCAAGCAGGUGAGAUGCAAACAAUGAAGGAAACUGUUAAUAGGCACGUUGGGAUGCCUGUAAUCACAGAAGAAGAUACGGCAGAUGAAGAAGAAGUACCUCUCCCCAGGAAGAAAAAAAGACAUUAGAGGAUCCAGUUGGAGAAGGACUAAUGUGAUUUCAGUGAGAAAAUACAAAUGCCAGAAACAACAAAGUGCUUGUUUUGGAUGCCUUUGAAUGUGUGUGCAAGAAAUGGCUGGGACCAGAACUACAGGUGACACUGGAAUACUGAUAGUGACUGGUAUAUCAUAGCUGUCUAGUGGUAAAAGCACGCAGUGCUUCUUGUGGGAGACAAAGUUGUUACGGUCCUGAUAGAGAUGGAAGGAGUCAGAAGAUGGUUGCUCCUUUUACUGAGCUUGUACAAUAUGAGUAAUCAUUUAGAACACAGGUUGACUUACAAUGAUACUCUUAACAAAGGCUGGUAAAAUAACUGUUCACAAAAAUUUACUGAUUUAAAACAUGUUUGGAAUCUUCUAUAUCUGCACAUAAAAUUAUGGUUACCAACUGUUUAA